AUGAGGUCACUGUUGCUGCUGGGGCUGACGGCCUUCUGUCUCUGGGUGAUUGUCGCCGCUGACAAACAACCAGAGAAGAAGAAGACGAAGGAGGAGGAUGAAGUUUUGCAGCUGGAGAAAGGAAAUUUCAACCGAGCUCUGAGAAAACACAAGCAGCUGCUGGUGCACUUCUAUACCCCUCUGUCUGGAGAAGGCCAUCGUACCUCGGCAGCAUUCGAAGAUGCUGCUGCACAGCUCCGGGGGUCAGAGGUCAAACUGGCAGUGGUUGAUGUGUCGAAGGAGAAAGAUCUGGCUAAAGAGCUGAAGGUGACGGGCCUCGCCACCAUCAGGCUCUACCUCUCUGGAGACAAACACAACCCUGUGGCCUGUCCUGUUCCUAAGAGCUCGGCGUCCAUCCUGACCUGGCUGAAGAGAAGGUCUGGGUCUGCUGCUGACCUCAUUGCUGAUCUGAGCCAAUCAGAGGCCUCAGAGGAGCUGACGGUGGUUGGAUUCUUUAAGGAGCUGAACAGCGAGUACGUAGAGGCGUUUUACGCUGCAGCCAUCGAGCUUCCUGAUAUCAACUUUAAUGUGACGGAGAGUGAUGAAAUUAUCACCAAGUAUGGCCUCACACAUGAUGUCGUGCUGCUGUUCAAGAAGUCUAAGCUCAUCCAGGCUUACAAAAUGAUGCCUCAGACAUCUAAAGAGAUGCUGAUCGUUUUUAUCACCGUCUACCAGAUGGAUCCAGUCACUGAGUACACUGGAGAGACAGCCACUCAGAUUUUAACUUCCCCCGUGUUGAACCACGCCCUCCUGUUUGUCAACAAAAGCUCUGCUGGCUUCAAAGAGAUCCAUGAGGCCUUUAAGAGCUCCGCAGAAGCUUUCAGGAUGAAGAUUUUGUUUGUGUGGGUGAACGUGGACGAGCCUCGUAACGGACGGAUUAUGGAGUAUUUCCGGGUUCGGGAGUUCGAGGCUCCUUUGAUCCGAAUGGUGAACCUGACAGACCACGUGACCUACCACCUGCCCUCCGACACUCUGGAUGUGAAGACCAUCAAAACCUUCUGCCAGUCCUACCUCGACGGCAAGGCCAAGCCUAAGAUGCAGAGCGAGCCGAUCCCUGAAGGAUGGGACGAGCAGCCGGUGAAGGAGCUGGUGGGAACGACUCUGGAGAAAGUCGCCUUCAACCCCAACCUCACCGUGUUUGUCAUGUUCUAUCUUCCCUACAGUGCGGAGUCCCGCGCUGUGUUUGCGCUGUGGGAGGAGCUGGCCGAGGCCUUGAAGGAGCGAGAGCACGUGGUCGUCGCUCGCAUCGACGCUUCAGCCAACAACAUCAACCUGUCGAUGCAGGGCGCCUACCCCUCACUCUGCCUGUUCCCCGCUCUCUACGCUGAACGAGUGGUGGUUUACACCGGGAACAGGAAGGUGAAGGACCUGGUCAAGUUUUUAGAUAAAGAGAUGGCUAAAGCCAAAAAAGCCAGAGUUAAGGAGGAUGAAGACAGGAGGAAGUACAUUGAGGCUGCUAAAGCUGAAGAGGCAAAAAAAGCCAACAAAUCCAAAGACGAGCUUUAAUACAGAGACAAAGAGAGUAAAGUGUGUGUGUGUGUGUGUG